AUGGCUACUGGAAACUUGAAGAAGAUGGGUUCCAUUGAUGCUCAGCUCAGGCUUAUCGCUCCUGGGAAAGUCUCUGAAGACGACAAGCUCGUCGAGUACGAUGCUCUGUUACUGGAUCGAUUCCUAGACAUCCUUCAGGACUUGCAUGGCGAGGAAGUCAGAGAAUUCGUUCAAGAAUGCUACGAGGUUGCUGCCGAUUACGACGGAAACCGCAACACGGCGAAGCUAGAGGAGCUCGGAAACAUGCUGACGAGUUUAGAUCCAGGAGACUCAAUCGUAGUCACGAAAUCAUUCUCCAACAUGCUUAGCUUGGCUAAUCUGGCAGAGGAAGUCCAGAUUGCUUACCGUCGCAGGAUCAAGAAGCUUAAGAAGGGAGAUUUCGCCGACGAGGCCUCUGCGACGACUGAAUCCGACAUUGAAGAGACUCUCAAAAGGCUUCUGCAGCUUAACAAGACUCCUGAAGAAGUCUUUGAUGCUCUCAAGAACCAGACUGUUGACUUGGUUUUAACUGCUCAUCCUACUCAAUCUGUUCGUCGCUCUUUGCUCCAAAAGUUUGGAAGGAUUCGUGAUUGUUUGACGCAGCUGUACGCGAAGGACAUUACUCCUGAUGAUAAACAAGAACUCGAUGAAGCUCUGCAAAGAGAGAUUCAAGCUGCGUUUCGCACUGAUGAAAUCCGAAGAACGCCUCCAACGCCGCAAGAUGAGAUGAGAGCGGGGAUGAGUUACUUCCAUGAGACGAUCUGGAAAGGAGUUCCAAAGUUCUUGAGACGUGUUGACACUGCUCUGAAGAACAUUGGAAUCAACGAGCGUGUUCCUUACAAUGCGCCUCUCAUUCAGUUCUCUUCUUGGAUGGGAGGAGACCGUGAUGGAAACCCGCGAGUGACUCCUGAAGUGACUAGAGAUGUAUGCUUGUUAGCAAGAAUGAUGGCUGCUAAUCUCUACUUCUCCCAGAUAGAAGAUCUUAUGUUUGAGAUGUCAAUGUGGCGUUGCAAUGAGGAGCUCCGUGUUCGUGCAGAGCGUCAAAGGUGUGCCAAAAGAGAUGCCAAACACUACAUAGAAUUUUGGAAACAAAUCCCUGCGAACGAGCCGUACAGAGCUAUUCUUGGUGAUGUGAGGGACAAGCUGUACAACACACGUGAGCGUGCACGUCAGUUACUCUCAAGCGGAGUCUCAGACAUUCCUGAAGAUGCAGUUUUCACAAGUGUGGAUCAGUUCUUGGAGCCGCUUGAGCUAUGUUACAGGUCGCUAUGUGACUGCGGUGACAGACCAAUCGCUGAUGGAAGCUUGCUCGAUUUCUUGCGCCAAGUGUCUACAUUUGGCCUUGCCCUUGUGAAGCUAGACAUCCGUCAAGAAUCCGACAGACACACAGACGUCUUGGACGCGAUCACGCAGCACUUAGGCAUCGGAUCUUACAAAGACUGGCCAGAGGACAAAAGACAAGAAUGGCUCUUAUCUGAGCUAAGCGGAAAGCGACCUCUCUUCGGACCUGACCUUCCCAAAACCGAAGAGGUCGCUGACGUGUUGGACACGUUCAAAGUCAUCUCAGAGCUUCCUUUCGACAGCUUCGGUGCUUACAUCAUCUCCAUGGCCACUGCUCCAUCAGACGUCCUCGCUGUCGAGCUCUUGCAGCGCGAAUGCGGAAUCACUCAACCUCUGAGAGUCGUCCCGUUGUUUGAGAAGCUAGCGGAUUUAGAAAACGCUCCUGCUUCCGUCGCACGUCUCUUCUCCAUCGAGUGGUACAGAAACAGAAUCAACGGGAAGCAAGAAGUCAUGAUCGGGUACUCCGACUCAGGCAAAGACGCUGGCCGUUUAUCCGCGGCUUGGCAGCUGUACAAGACGCAAGAAGAGCUCGUGAAGGUGGCGAAAGAGUACGGAGUCAAGCUCACGAUGUUCCACGGGAGAGGUGGCACCGUGGGGAGAGGAGGAGGACCGACUCAUCUUGCUAUCUUGUCUCAGCCUCCGGACACCAUUCACGGGCAGUUGAGAGUAACGGUUCAAGGAGAAGUCAUCGAACAGUCUUUCGGAGAAGAACACUUGUGCUUCAGGACACUUCAGCGUUUCACAGCUGCUACACUCGAGCACGGCAUGCAUCCACCGGUUUCCCCUAAACCGGAGUGGCGCGUCCUCAUGGACGAAAUGGCUGUGAUCGCCACUGAAGAGUACCGUUCUGUCGUCUUCAAAGAGCCUCGCUUUGUGGAGUACUUCCGUCUGGCGACACCUGAGCUUGAGUAUGGAAGGAUGAACAUAGGAAGCAGACCGUCGAAGCGAAAACCAAGCGGAGGGAUCGAGUCUCUACGUGCGAUCCCUUGGAUCUUUGCGUGGACGCAGACGAGGUUUCACUUGCCAGUGUGGCUAGGGUUUGGGGGAGCAUUCAAACGAGUGAUCCAGAAAGACGGCAAGAAUCUCAACAUGCUCAAAGAAAUGUACAACCAGUGGCCUUUCUUCCGCGUCACCAUCGACCUAGUCGAAAUGGUUUUCGCCAAAGGAGAUCCCGGCAUCGCCGCUCUCUACGACCGCCUCCUCGUCUCCGAUGAGCUCCAGCCGUUCGGCGAACAGCUCCGAGUUAACUACCAAGAAACCAGACGCCUCCUCCUCCAGGUAGCGGGACACAAGGACAUUCUUGAAGGAGAUCCUUACUUGAGGCAGAGGCUGCAGUUACGUGACCCAUACAUUACGACAUUGAACGUGUGCCAAGCCUACACGUUGAAGCAGAUCCGUGACCCGAGCUUCCACGUGAAAGUCAGGCCACAUUUGUCUAAGGACUACAUGGAGUCUAGUAAACCAGCGGCUGAGCUUGUGAAGCUGAAUCCUAAGAGUGAGUACGCGCCGGGGCUUGAAGAUACUGUUAUCCUUACCAUGAAGGGUAUAGCCGCCGGUAUGCAGAAUACCGGUUGA